AUGGGUGAUGAAAAAAUUGGUAUAAAAAAGAUCAUUCCGCAAGAGAGAUUGGAUAAGGUUGAAAUAGUAGCUGAAAAAUAUCUUGAAGUAGGGAAGGAAACAACAUUGAAGCUAGGCUACAGUGGACCAAUUAGCACAAUCUUAUUAGGGCUCUAUCGGACGACGUAUACAGAGGACGGCACUGAGAAAGUCGCAGCUGUAACACAUAUGGAACCAAUCGAGGCCCGCUAUAUGGUGCCCUGCUUUGACGAACCCGAAUUCAAGGCUUCAUGGAAAAUUGAAGUUGUGCAUCCUAAGGGAACUACGGCUAUUUCAAAUGGCAUUGAAGAGGAAGAGUACGUUUUUUCAAAGAAUGCUAACAACUGCUGACU